CAGUUUUCUAAAUGUUUACAGAAGAAAAUGAGUGAUUCUGAUUCCGAUGAUUAUGGAGAACUUGAUUUUGUUUCUGCAGCUUCGACCAACCUUAAAUCAGUUUUGAGGAAACCAAUUAGCACAUCAUCAAUAUCACCAUCACUAGAGAUAGAGGCUGAAGACCUAGAAUCAAAUUGUGAUUCUCCUAGCUUGGAUGACAGUUCAUUCAUGGAUAACAGUACCACACUCAGCCUGGAUGACAGCGUAUAUGUGAGUGCGGAUGACAGCUUGAAAAGGAAGACGGAUGAAAGUCCUGCACCUACAAAGAGAAGAGGAAGGAGGUCUGCGGCUGCUCUUGACAAGGAAAAUCUCCAAACAAGUCCUAUUCCCCCUCCCCCAGCCCCAACCCCUGGUCCGAAACCUCGAGCAGUUCGAGGAGCAAAAAGGACGAAAAAGACCGAACAGGCGCUCAAGAUGAUCGAAAAUAAGAACGCUAAAGCGCGCCUACCUGAGUGCUUUAAGAAAAAACAAAACGGAAAAAAUGUAGGAGAAUUAUCAAUCAGUAUAGGGGCAGAGGAACAAAUUGAAAUCGUAGAGGACUCUUUUGAAAUCAAGGUUAAAUGGAAGACAAAUGUGAUGAGAAUUGAGGUUCAAGAUGAAGAAAGGUUAGGUGCAGUAAUGGACAGGUUUGCUGCUGAAGUUGGUCUAUCUGCUGGAGAUAUUGGAUUUCUAAAUAGAGAUCAAGAUGAUGGUGGAGAUGAGAGUCAUGAAUCCUGGAUACCAAGAGAAACAACUGUAUCCAACCUUGGCCUUUCGGUUGUAUCCUUCCUAGUAGCCAGGGCACGGGAUUCAGGAAACCAGGCAGAUUUGAUAGAACUUAAAGUUCAGACGAAGGAUAGAAGAGAAUCUGUAAAUAUCAAGGUGAAGAAGACGGAUAAGAUGCAGGUUUUGAUGAACAAGUUUGCCGAGCUGAAGAAGAUACCUUUGGAGAACCUGAGAUUUUUCUUCGAUGGUGAGGAGUUGGAAGCUUCAGAAACAGCUGAAACCUUGGAUCUCGAGGGAGGAGAGUGUAUUGAUGUUCAUUCAACAUAAAUCCGCCAUCUUUAAUAAUUUAUCAGCAGAAGAAUUUCAACUUGUCGACCGUGUAAACUCGUAUUGGGUACCUGAUGUAAACAUUUUGUUGAAAUAAUCAUUGAAAACAAGUCGAUGGAGUUUAUGAACGUUUUAAACAUUCAUAGGAAGAAAGAAAACCUCCAAUUCCCGUAUUUUACCCUGAAACCUAACUUUUCAAAAUAUUUCUAUUUUUGUGCCAAAUCUUAUGAAAUUUAGUAAGAUUAUUUAAACCGGGCAAUACGUCACACAAAUUAUCUGUAAUAACCAAUCUUCCUGAAGUUUUAGCCCAUUAUAAAAAUUCUAGUGAAACUAUUGAGAGAAAAUGUCCACCCUGCAUUUAAAUCCUUCCAUGUAACUGUAAAAUAUAUAGAUAUAUAUUUUUUUAUUAAGAUCUAGUUGAAGUAUGUAAUGAUCUAGUUGAAGUAUGUAAUAUGUUUCUAUUUACUGGGCCACGAUAUUCUAAUUCAUUUUGACAGAUUAUAAUACAAUCAAAAUUUUUUUAAUUUU